GGCCUGAGAGAAAUGCUACUCCCAAACAAACACUAACCUCCCCACCUCGUUUGUUGAUUAUCUGGAGAUAUAAUGAAGAUUCUGAGCGAAAAAGAAGUCAAGGAGCACAAUGCUGUCACCACGAAAGGGGCACUUGAAGGGGCGCUGAUGGGCUCAGCUAUAGCAUUGCCAGGCUUUUACUACCUCAACCGUCGCUGGGCUUACUACCGAGCACUCCCGCCCUCUCUCAAGGCGCUGGGUGUCGUGAUCAUAGUAGCGCCACUGGUGUCCAUCAGAGCUGAACAUCGUGGCUUGGAGUAUGACAGGGAGCACUGGACUGGUGCUGGAAAGAUGGAGCUGGAUAGAAAGGCGGAGGCGGAACGACAAAGGUGGGGAGAGAUGAAUGUGAAAGAUAAGGUCGCAGAGUGGGCUUCCAAACAUCAGCUUAGUGUCAUUGCUGGGAGCUGGGCAUUGUCCAUGGCUGUUGCAGGGAAUAUCAUCAUGCGUGAUAAAUUGGUACCAACGCCACACAAGGUGGUCCAGGUCCGUAUGUGGGCUCAAGGCUUGACUAUAGGGGUUUUGAUCGCUGCUGGUGCCUUGACCCACGCUCACCGAGCACAGGCAGUAGCUAUACGACAUCUUCCCGCAGACCAUUCUUGGGCCAAUCUAUUGGAGGAGCAGAGGAUAGAAAAGGAGCUGGCUCAGCAAGCCAAGGAAGCACUUUGAGCCAAGUGUGUCAAAAAACGGUGUUGUGGUAUUCCCUUCAAUUUUUUUUCAUUGUUCUGGGCGCUAUGCCUGAAGAGUUCGGCUAUUUUUCUCUGUACAUCAUCCAUUGUAGCUAUCCUCUUUCGUGCGUUUUGUUGUACCAACUCGAUUAUAUAUUUUCAGACUGUCCGUUCCCGUGUUAUUCCAAGCGUAGUGUACAAACGACAGAUUGUAAACGGCAGGACGCCGAUGUUGUCCACGAGAUAUCUCGAUCAUCAGCACCGAGGGUCAAAAAAAUGAAAACUCAUCUGAUU